AACACUUGUCGUUAUUUUGCAGCGGAAGUCAAAUCUUUGCGGACUUACUUUUUAUUUUUAGUGCGUUGGCUGCCAUGAAGUAGAGCCGCUGCAGUACCUUCAAUGGGCAAAAGAAAAGACGUGGCUCAUUCCAGGUUUCCCUGCGAAGGUAACGUGGGGCUGCAUGGCAUGCACAAACAUAAGCAUAAGAAACACAAGAGGCACAAGAGGAAGCACUCUGAGAUUCCAGAGCCCGUCGUCAUCCCUCGCCCGCCCCCGCAACUGCGACUCAAGAUCAAGCUGGGAGGACAGACGCUAGGGACAAAGAGUGUUCCUACUUUCACCGUGCACCCUGGUGUGGCUUGUCCUCCCUCGCCAUUGAUGAUCGUGGACGACGACGACGAUGACGACGACGAAGACAACGACGACGACGAGGAGGAAGACGAGGAAGAUGACGAGCCCUCUGUGCCUCUGGAGCAGUAUCGGGCCUGGCUGGAUGAAGACAGCAACAUGGCCACGUCUCCUCUGCCUGACAUGGACUCUGACUCCAUGUUGGUCGUGCCCGCGGACGAGGAGGAGAGGUGGCUUGACGCUCUGGAGAAAGGUGAGCUUGACGACAACGGCGAGCUCAAGAAGGAGGUUGACGAGUCCCUGCUCACGGCUCGACAGAAAGCACUACUCCACAAGCAGCAGAUACAGCCCCUCCUGGAGCUGCCCAUGGGCUACAAAGAGAAGGAGAUGACCGUGGAGAUGAUGCAGAAGCGGGAAGAGCGCGCUCGCAAGCGGCGCUUGCAGGCGGCCAAGAAAGCGGAGGAGAGCAAGAACCAGACCAUCGAGAGACUCACCAAGACCAGCAAGGCCAAGAUCAAAAGCACGCGAGAGAAGAAGUCCAAGCUUAGCCAGUGUCCCAUCGUCCGCUACAGUGACUCGUCCCGAGGCGUGACCAUCUCCUUCCCCGCCGGCGUCCCCGCCCCCGCGCCGCACCCUCCGCCGCCUCUGGUCCCCCCCGUGAGCUGCGGGGUGAGCGGCUGCUCCAACCCGAAGAAAUACAGCUGCUCCAAAACGGGCGUCCCUCUGUGCAGCCUGCAGUGCUACAAAAGGAACAUGCAGGCAGUUUGUUGACAGGUCUUCUUCUCACUCAUGGACAACCGAAUAACAUGACUUUGAGGAAAGAAGAGCCGCUUGCUUCAAUCUGGUAGUCUGCCCCAGUUGAAGUCGACUGUGAAGAUAGUUAAGGAAAUGUGUAGCUUGCAAAAUCUUCACUGCUCCUUUCCUUGGCUGGAUUUCCUUUUUCACACCCAGAGUGCUUUCUUUAAAGGAACCAAGGUUAUUAUAGUUCACAAAAAGUCAUUAAAUAACUAAAAAAAAUCACAUUCACAAACCUUUUUAAAAAAAAAGUGCUUAAUCGUGCGUUUAUGAAACUAAAAUUGUAAUCAGUGAAAAUGUUCAUUUUUUCAAUUACCGUAAUUUUCAGACUAUAAGUCGCACCGGAGUAUAAGUCGCACCAGCCAUAAAAUGCCCAAAAAAGUGAAAAAAACAACAUAUAUAUGUAUAUAAGUCGCUCCUGAGUAUAAGUCGCCCCCCCCCCCCAAACUAUGAAAAAAAAUGCGACUUAUAGUCCGAAAAUUACGGUAAGCUUCAGUUAGUUUUGAAAGAAUUUUGCUACAGAAAAAGGAAGGUCACACAUUCAUUUGAUAAUUACGCAAUGCUUUUUUUAAUCGUUAUUCUCGCAAUAGUCAGAUAGUCCACAUGUGAAGAAAAAAAAUCUAAAAGUAUUUUUGUAAAGUAAAAAAAAUACUAAAAGUAUUUAAUAAACAAAACAAAAACAACAACCGUCAAAACCAAUCUCAAACUAAGUCACUGCAUCAAGUGGCCAAACCAAAAGAGAGUCUGAAGGCCAUCUCCACAGGAACCUCCGGUACAGAGUCGUGAAAGCACACAUAGAACUCUUGAGGAACGGGCUCCAGCAACAAUCGCCUGAAAGGUGGAAAGAAAGUGAGAUCCAAACGUAAGCUCAAACGUCUACACGGAGGAACGUCGCCUUCCGGUCCCGGCCGGACCUACCCGAUGACCCAGUACGUCAGGGUGGGUGCGGCUUUCCUCUGUUCUGUCCGGUUUUCAGGUAGAAACUGGAACAAGACUCCGUGCUCUUUGACCGGGCCCACGCCACCAGGCCGCCCAGCCGCCCGCUGCCCCUAAAGGGGCAAAGGGCACCACACAAAAAUGUGCCCGUUUGUCAUGAUUAAGUUGCUGCUGCCCUGUGUGUUCAUCUCCAGUUUUUGGAGGAUUUUUACCGUAAUUUUCGGACUACAAAUCGUGUUUUUUUUUUCCAUAGUUUUAUGACUUACAUAUACUCAGGAGCAACUUAUAUACAUAAAUGUUUUUUUUCCCACUUUUUUGGGCAUUUUAUGGCUGGUGCGACUUAUACUCCGGUGCGACUUAUAGUCUGAAAAUUACGGUGAUUCUGUAAAAUCCAUGCUGCUAGAUAGAUCAAACUUUGUGCUAAACAUUUGUUUCAAUAUGCAGCGUAUAAUUCUAUCUUGUGUGUUUAAAAAUUUUGUUCUUUGGUUGAGCAUUUAUGUUUCAAAGCAUUCUGAGGUAUAAAAAUUUCAAUAUUUUCUUCCCUUUUUUGAAGUGUCAGUUUUACAGUCGAGUUCAAGUGGGUGGAAUAAAAUAAAAUGCUUACUUGCA